GGUAUUAAAACUCAUAUCUUAAAUCCUCUUCCGUCUUCUACUCUGCUUCAAAGGCUAAUGGAUGUGGUUUUGUUUAAUCUCGGCUGCUGAUAUUUUUUUUGUUUAAUCCCCUUGUGCCUGGCUGCUGCUGCUGCUUUUGUUUUGUGGUGGGGUUUGUGGGUCUUUACUACUGGAGAGGAGAGGGAGAUAGAGAGGUAUACUGUUAUGCUGAAGAUAAAGGGCAGUGGUGGAGAAACAAGAGGUGGAACUGAUCAGCUUGUGACUGUUGCAAUAACAGCACAAGAAGAUAGAAGCUUUUCAUCAGAUGUUAUCCAUCGAAAACCCUCCACCAGAUCCUCCAUUUCCCUGCCAGUUGAAAAGUGGUAGUGAUGAUCAGAUUGAGAAGGCUUCUCAUAACCUUCCUUUGCCUGAGGUAGAUCUGCUGAAACAGCCACCCCUUCAUCUUACCCCACCUUCUAAAUUUUCCAUAAGACUCAGAUCCAGAAUUACUUGUUGCUUGUGGUUCAGUUCAACAUGGGGCCUCACUCAUGGCAUACCCCAGACUUGUCCUUUUGUGGGGAGGGGCUUCUGCUUCUGCUCCUGCUCCUGCUCAUCAAGCUGGGCUCUUCUUCCUAUGAUCAUGUCUUCGGAUUAUGUGUUCUGUGCACGGAGCAAGGAUAUUAAGAAGAGUUGGCCAUUUUCGUUCAAAAAUCUUCAACUUUGUUUGAAACAUGGCGUGAAGGAUCCUUUGCCACCUUUUCAGCAUCUUGACACUGUAAGAAACCCAUCUUCAACCGGAUGUACUGGUGAAGACCAAAACACCAACAAGUUUGAUGGGUCCAGUCAUCACAUGGUGCUAGAAUCAUCCAAUGAUUCUCAAUCCAUCCAUAAUCUAGAAAUUAUUUGCGUAGACAAUAAUAGCUCAUGCAGAUCUGGAGGAGAAAAUGACAAUGAUUUCCCAUCAACAAGUGUUUCUCAAUCUGAAAUAGAGUCUGUUCCCUUUGACAAGCCAUCUAAAUCACCACUAGGAACUGAUACCUCCGUAGAAGCCUCAGCUGAAGUUGAAGCCACAAUUCCUUCCAAGUCACUCAGGACUGAAAACACAGUUCGGUCCUCUGGCAAGAAGUGCAGAUAUAUAGUAAAAUUUGGUGCCAACUCUGAUCGUAGUUUGACUGAAGAUAUUGCCCCAAAUUUUAGUUUGGUAUCUGUAUCUAUGGCUUCCCAGGUUUGCCCUGUUUGCAAAACUUUUUCAUCCUCUUCCAAUACCACGAUGAAUGCUCACAUGGAUCAGUGUCUUUCUGUGGAGUCAACACCCAAGUGGACUGUGGAUUCUAAACUUACCAGGCAUAGAAUUAAAUCAAGAAAGACGAGAUUGAUGGUAGAUAUCUAUACCACUGCAAAACAUUGUACAUUAGAAGAGCUUGAUAAAAGGAAUGGUACCAGCUGGGCCACAGGUUUUAGUAUGCCUGUUCAGAAUAGUGAGAAGCUUGAAGCAUCUGAUGAAAGAAAGAAGCAUGUUAGAGCUUCCCCAGUUCCUCUUGAGGACGAUGCUGAUGUUGGUACUGUUUAUGUUGAUGCCAAUGGCACCAAAGUUCGGAUUUUAUCAAAGUUUAAUGAGUCACUGUCAACCUCAAAACUUAGAGAGGAUCUUGAACGAAAGAAAUCUUUGAAGGGAGGUAAAAGAAGCAAAUUCUUUUCAAGAAAAAAGAAAAGGCGACAUGAAUUUAAACAUCUCAAACACCUGAAACAUUCUACUCAAAGCAGAAAAUUUCUCUCUCAGAAGGCACCGGCUUCAAAGAUGGUUGGGGAUCAAGACGGAUAUUGUGCAAUGGAAACAACUUUAAAGGAUGAGGAACAUUGGAUACGUAAUGAAAUCAAGUCUAGUUGGUCUGGAAACUUAGGAAAACGGGUAUGCUCUAAGAGGACUGGUAUUGCAAGGAAGGUUAAAUGUCAAGAUAGCCUCCAACCUUUAUUUUGUAAAUGGCAUGUUAGUUCAGAUUUGCCUGCUCAGACUGAUCAAGCAGGUUUUGCUGAUCCUGUUGUGAAAAGAAAUGGAAAGUUCAAGACUUUGUAUGAAAAUUUACUUUCUUCUCCUGAGAACAGUGGGAGGACUGAUAAACACUUGAAUGAAUCACAGGCUAUUGAUGAAGCGGAGCAUUCUUGUAGUAGAAAGAGAGUGAGAAGUCCAUUGAUUGAAGCUAAGGUUGCUAACAAAGGUGAGAUGUGUUCUCCAGCAGUGAAGCGAAACAAAAACCAGUUAAGUGAAGAUGUCCAUUGUACAGAUGAGAGUCAAGUGUUGAGACCUCCAAAUUUUGCAUCUUCACUGAGCAACAAAACAAUUGGUAUUGAAGCAUCUAGUGACCCCGAUUCCCCUUUAGACUCUAGCUCAAGCCCAGCUAUUAGUCCUUAUGUUUUUUCAUCAAAAUUCAUAACAAUUCCCUCAUUAAAGAAGAAUUCCUUGUCCACUAGCAGCAGAUCUUCAGUGGUUGCUCCGACACCUAACUCAGUUAAGAAUUGUUCAAUAACAAAGAAGGGUCGACUGCAUUUCUUGGAAGAAAUAGAUGAGGUGCCUCAAGCAUGGGAGCGGGAGGUGGAACAACAACAAAGAGAAUCAGUGAGUACUUGCAGGAGGGAUGAGACUAUAGCUUUGAAGAGCUCAGAACCAGCAUCUUGUUACAGUGAUCAUUAUGAAGGGGGGAACUCAGAUUCUUCUGUUAGUGCUGAUGAUGAUAUUCUAGACAACUUUGAUGGCUCGGAAUCUGUUGAGGAGAUGGUUACCAGUCCGAGCAAGUCAUCAGAAACCAAGUGCCACAAUCUGAGUGAUCCUUCCAAGAGUAGAUCCAAUUGUCUACGAACCAUUGAAGCAUAUAACAGGGCUUUGUGUGGGGAUGAAGCACUGCCUGAUGCAAUUGGGUCUAGUUUUAUUGACAGACGAGAGAUGUUUUCUACUGACGAAGUUGGGCAUGACAUGAUUGGAAAUGCACAUGUAGGAGCAGAAUUAAUGAAUUCUGAAGCAGCACAAGGUGACAUUUUUCCUGAGGUUGAUCCAAUACCUAUUCCAGGACCACCAGGAUCAUUUCUACCAAGUCCCAGGGCUAUGAAUUCAGAUGACUUUCAAGGGAACUCCUCAUUGACCACGAGUCGUGCUCAGUCAUCUCAAGAUCUGCUUGAUUUGGUAGAUGGGGAUUCUUCAGAUUCUCCCGUUUCUGCAGCAUCAACCAUCUCCAAUCCCAUAGCCACUAAAUCUGAUUUGAGGUAUUCAGAAUCAUUAACAUCAGCUGGUGCUGCUCUAGUAGAAGAAAAGAUUGUCUCAGGUUUCUCUAGUACUAACACCAGGCCUCCCGUGGAAAAUGCCAUUAUGGUUAUGCAGACAAGCACAGUACCAGAAAGAGCUUUUGAUGGAGAAAAAAAUAGGGUCCAUAGAAUCUUUGUUGAAAAGAGACCUUUCAUUUUGAAGAAUGAUGAUCAGCCAUGCUGUUGCCAGAGAAAAGAAAAGUCUUCUCAGGGUAUUGCUCUAAAUUUUCAGCAAUCACCACUACUAAAGCGACGAGCAAUGGCUUCAGUGACAAUGCCUGCUAUGGAAAUGAAAAUGGAUACAAGUCCAAACAUCGGACCUAAUAAUUUGGAUGUGAAGCCAGGAGCAUUUUCUCUGAGCAGCUCUACAAGUUCAGUACCUCAAAAGGUUGUUCUACCAGCAAUGAGACCUCUGGCAAGUCCCACUCCUUCAAAGGGAUGUAUGGAUGCUGGAGUGAAGUAUCCAGGUCAAGCUGAUUGUGAGUCUGCCAGCCCAUCUUGUUCCACUCCCGUUCUCAGGUUGAUGGGGAAGGACUUAAUGGUGGCCAACAAAGAUGAUGCAUCUGUGCCAGUUGGGCAGUCACAGCAAUGUCGUCCAAGCAACCAUUUUCCAACAUCUGGAAUCUCUCAAGGGAUUAUCCGCAAUCAGGAUUGCCAAUCCUUCCGUCAUAGAGUACCUCUGGAUUCCUCAACUUUUGGUCAGCUUCCACAUAACAUGGUGGGGCCAUCUUUUGAUGUCAGAUUAUCAAACAGCUAUGCAUACCUUGAAACUGCAGGAACACCUCAAAUUCCAGAAAUUUCAGUAGCCAGGUUCCAAGACCAGUGUAUGGAGCAUGGAUUCUCAACCUUCAUGGAGCCUUACAAGUGUGAAAGCAAUUAUAUUUCACCAACAAGACAGAAUAAACCUAAAGCCAAAGUUGGUCUGCCAUCCACUUGUGCAACGGGGAAAUUUACGAGUCUUGACUGCCAAGAAAAAUAUUCCGACCCUGCUGCUUCCAUUAAAGAAAUAAUUGUCCUUGAUGGUGCUCCUGAAAAUGAAACCAGCACAGCAGCUGAUAUUGCAAAACACUAUGAAGGCUUGAGGGGAAGCCAGCUAAUGUUACCUGGCGUCUCAAUUGCAAUAGCAACCAGUGAUGGCUUAAGGCAUGUGAAUCCUUUCUCUUGUUACCAGUCAAAGGAGUCUACAUACCUUGGCAAACCACAAGGAGGGUCAAAUACCAGCUUCCGUUCAGUCCCUCUUGGGCAAGCCAAUACAAGUGCAGAUAGGUGGGGUUGUACUACUUCAGAAGGUUCUGGUGUGCUGCAUGGGAGUCCGUUUGUGGCUGCAUUGCCCUCAACAGGUCAUCUUACACCGUCACUGUAUUAUCCCCCAAGUCUAUCUUAGGAUGGUCCUGUACAUGAUGAUGAGAUUUUUGUAUCAAAUCAAAUAUGUAAUGAAUCUUUGAGCUUUUCCUUGACAAAAGUACUGACGGCCAGACACCAUCAAUAGCAAAAACAAUAGCUACACAGGCAAUGCAACUUCAGCAGCUGAGAGAGCUGGUUAUUUUUUCCUCCCUUGGAUUCAAUGUAGUAGUGAAAUACGGAAAUCAGUUUAGGCAGCAGCUUUUCCUCUUGUUUUUUUCUUUUUGUUGAUGCUUCAGCUUAGGCAAUGCAUGGGAAAGCCAAGGCAAAAGACCAGAUAAUGUACAAGUAAAUGAUAUGGUUAUAUAUAAAUUUAUCCAUCUGCU